AUGUCCGUUCUUCACCAUGGGGGGUCAUACCUCCAACGCCGUCUCACUAAGAUGUAUACGGAUACCAAGACCUCAUGCGAGAGUGUCACCACGGCAUCGAAAGCGGUCGACGAUCCGGAACUUGUGGCACUUCAUCGGAGUUUUCGAGAGCAGCGUGAUCGAUUACUGGCAUGGGGCUUGGAUUGGAGCGACGCCAGUGCCGCCCAACCGAACGAUAUCGACGAGUCGUUAACGCAGGCUGGUAUUAGCGAUGUCGUCGCUAGUGUUAUGUCUUCGAUUCAGGAAUUGCUCAAUGAGGCCGAGCGGUUGCAGCAUGGAGUUUCGGAUUUGCCACCCAAAGGCAGUCGUGCGAAUCCGUCGUCGAAGGACAGUUUGAGCAGUUUGCCCACCAAGACACACUGGACGGACGAGGAUAUUCAGCGCUCGAGGACUCUCUUGGGUGAUUUAACGGGUUGUAUUGAUACGCUCUACGAUUUGUCUCGUUCACGACGCAACAUGUCGAGUAGUCAAUCCGCCAUGAAAUCGCGCACACGACUCAGCCCUACCUCCAAGGGAGACGAUCCGUUCUAUACCAGGGCUUAUCUUGAAGCCGGCGAGAAACACGUUUCUUCUAAGCUUGUGCCCUCAAACCCUUUUCUUAUCGACCGAUCCGCUUUACAACUCUCCGGUAACUCCCAUGACAACAACCCCCCUCCCUACGAGGAGAGGGUGACUGCCUCGACCAAUUCCCGCGCAGUUGGUCGUAUGAGGACAUCAGCAUCGCCUUUCUUGGCCGGAACCAAGGACUCUACGGUCUCUGUUUUGGUGGAAUAUGCUCCGAUGAUGGUGGAGGCGCAGAAUGCCGCCCCUAACCCAGGGGCUCAACGGCUCGAGAGGAUGCAUAGUACAUUGGAUCAGCUGGUUCAAAAUGCUCGAGUCUCGCAUCUGGGUCUGUUGAGGUUCCUAGGAUACUAUAUCGACAUGCCUAAUUCCCGGUACGCUUUCAUCUACCAGAUGCCAGUGGACUAUUUCCCUUUCCUCCGCAACCCCGCCGAUCUACUGGACGAAUUAAAACCGAAACCCUUGGUUUCUCUCCUUCAAGCCGGCGAUGACUACCAGGUGCCUAACCUCGAGACUCGUUUUCGUCUGGCAUACGACCUUCUGAUGACCGUCCUUCAUCUCCGAAGUCAAAACAUCGUACACGGAAACAUCAACAGCAGCAAUGUUCUCAUCCUUCCGGGGCUAACUAGCUCGAGAAAUGACGAGGUUGGUCUUACAGAGAAUCUCCGGCGCCCUUAUUUGACAUCCUUUUCCCAUUUCUCUGGCAAUGGCCCGUCGCCAGAAACACUCUCAACCAGCAUUUACCGCCACCCAGAUGACCGAAGAUUAAUGGAUGACGAGGCGGGCUGGGCUUAUGAUCUCUAUUCAUUGGGUCUUGUCCUGAUGGAGAUAGGUCUAUGGACGCCUAUCAGCAGACUCUGGAAGAUGAAAUACACCAACUCCAUGUUUAAGCAGAGGAUCGAGAACGUUUAUCUGCAGAAGCUAGGUCCUAAGUGCGGCAGCGCCUACCUUCAUGUGGUCCAGCUGUGUCUUGAUGCACCUAACUUCCAUCUCUCUACACAGCCAUUCGACGAUCUGAACAUCCGAGUUCCUCAGGUUUACCACUACCCGGUUUUGGACCUGUCAGCACCAGACGGAACUUUUUCGUUCUCAAUGAACUUCCUCUAUACUGCAUGCAAGAUAAUAUGGUCCUGUUGCGGUAUAGAUAUCUUCUCUGCCCCGGCUGCCGAAGAGUUGGAUGAUUGCCUGCCACUCGCCCUUGUACCGGAGUCAGAAACAACCGCUAAGAAAGCCCCCAUCGAAAGAGCCUCCGAGAAAGCGCCAGCGUUGCCACCCAGACCAACUCGAGAGCCGCGUUCUGGGAUUUCAAUGUCGGAAGUGAAGAAGUUGAGGGAGAAGAUGGGCUUGGAGGACUCGAAUGCAAAGAAAAGGACCUUCAAGAAGCUCACGAACAUCGACAUCCCCCAGCAGCACCUCAACCAAUGGAAUUUCCAGAUGUUGCCUCGACUGCGAAAGCUUCUGGAGAAGAUCCUGAAAGACUCCGCGGAAUCUUGCGGUGUCACGCUCAUGAUGGCAGGCGAGUCAGCUGAAGACGCGAAGACGACCAUUUGCGUGACUUGUGCUAGCGCCAAAAAGGUUCGGGCUGCCUUGAAGAAGUACUUUGUGCUCAAUGACGACGCUUGGGACUUGAUCGUGCUGCGCGGAGAUAUCCAGCGCUCAAAGGUCCCAAGAAAGAAGCGCCGCAGGCCUGCAAAAACCACCCGGCCAGGGAGGGAAGAAGCGCCAGCUUUGACGCAACAGGAUUUAAACCCAUGUUACCAAGAGAGACCCCUCUGUGGUGCGUCUAUAGGUGCGUUUCGAAAUGAAGAACACUUGCCUCCAGUGUCUUAUGGCGGUGCCGUUAUGGUGGAUGGCAUGCCGUAUGGUAUGACAGUUCAUCAUAUGCUGGAGGCACCCAGUGAUGGCGAGGACGAUGAGGAAGAAUCCCAGAGCGAGGUUGCUGACGCUCCGCUCAGAUCAUCUGGGAAUUGGGCCGGCAAUCCGAUGCAUACAAAUGCAAAUCCUGAUUUGAUGUAUAGCUGGUGUGACCAGGACCCGCCCAUCGAUCUUGAAUUCCAGAUCUCAGACGAUGAAGACGACUUUUCAUUAUCGGAGGAUUUGGAGGGAAGUUUCGAUGACUAUUUGCUUUCAGAGAGCUAUUCCUCGGAUGAAGAGGAUCCGUAUGAAGAUGAAGAUGCGGCUUCGGUUGGUGAUACGGCUGGCAUCGAGCCGGGGGAGGAGCCACGACCAUUCGUGACCCAACCGGCAAUCGAUGAUGUGAACGAAGCUUUCUUUCCAUCCCCUGAAGACCGAGAUGACGAACACCUUGCCUCACAUGCUCUCGGAUACGUCCAUGCGUCCUCUGGUAUCAGGCGCUGGACACAUAAAGGGAUCAAGCAUGAGAUCGAUUGGGCGUUGAUCAAGAUUAACGAUAGCCGCACUGAUGCCCGGAAUAUUGUCUUCGACAAAAGUCCUGUUCAGGGCGAAGCGAUAUACCUGAAUGACGUGGCAAGGAUGGAAGACCUUGGAGGUCUCAAAGUCCACUGCUGUGGACGAACAAGCGGCCUCCAAACCGGCCAGAUUUCUAGAGCUAUGACACUCGUCAAGUUACAUGGAAGACAAUCUUUCUCGACCAGCUUCUGCGUCGACGGGAACUUUGGAGUCCCCGGCGACUCAGGAGCAUGGGUAUUCGAAAAAUCCACCGGCCGCAUCUGCGGCCACGUCCUCGCAUGGUCCGAAAAAAGCCACACAGCAUAUAUCGCCCCCAUGGAAGUCAUCCUUGAGGACAUCGCGCGUACCCUCAAUGCCACUUUCAUUACUCUACCGGGUAGUUCUGAUGAAUCUGUCGCCUUUACUAUGUCGCAGUCUACGUUUCCCGAGUCUCCUAAUGCGGGACACCAUGCACGAUUACGAGUUCCCGAACAUUUACCCGUUGACAUCGGGAGAUUGAAUAUUGGUAUCGAUGAUUCGGAUUUCGGGCCUGUGUCUACAAGUCGGGCUAGCCGGGGGUUGAGGGCUUCGCCCUCGCCCUCGCCCUCAGCGGCGUAUCGCGGGAUGCCGCCUAUUCUGACGCCGCCGAGAGGAUUGGAGAGGCAGUUAGCCUGA